UCACACCUUCCAUCUGAUUAGAAUGGAACGUAUCGAAUAUGUGAUACUGCUCUGUGCCGUGGGCGCGAUUCGAAACGCCUCGGGGGCGGUGGUUCAAACUACCCACUCAACCACUCAUCACAAGGGGACCCAUACCACUCUCCACCACACGGGGACUCAUACCACUCUCCACCACACGGGGACCCAUACCACUCUCCACCACACGUGGACCCAUACCACUCUCCACGCCAGGACCCACACCACUCACCCACACCCACAUACAGAACCCACACUGUCCAGUGGUAUUCGCUUCCACUACGACCCCGCGAUGCACCACCUCGUGGCCGUUACAGGGUCCACCUGCCUCGUGGUAACUCUUCUACGAGACGAAGUGGAGCACGUGCAUACGAACGGGGGAAUGGAGGAUCUCGAGCUAAAGAUGAUGCGCGAGUGGAUAGGUUUACUUCCGGAGACGCUCGUGCUUCACAGCGACCCAAACCUGCCACCGCACGUGAGUACCUGGUGUAAGAACCAUGACAUCUACCUCCUGUCUCGUGAAAUCGACCCAGAGACUACGACACACGGAUCGGCCUUCGCCACUGUGCUUUAAGAACCGCAGACUCGCCAAUAAAUAUAUAAAAUAA